CAUACACAAAGUAGUUAGUAGUCUGCCAGCUGAUAAAGAAGUGAUUGAUUCGCAUUUUACCGUUUUUGCAUAACUUUUCCUCAAAAUGGACAGUUCCGAUCAGUUUAGGUGUUUGCUGUGCCCAGACGAUGCCUCUUUCUGUUCAACAAAUAAACACCAUACAGCUCACCCAAAGCAGCAACUAUUUUCGGACGAUCUGCUUUUGGACAAUCUCGACAUCAACGCGGAUGAUCCAGAAUUUUUGGAAGUCAAAAUCUUCAACUGCCCGUACUGUGACCGUCCUAAACUGAGCAUCUCGGCGUUGUACGAUCACUUGACUUUGGAACAUCUCGACAUUGAGUUUAACGUGUGCUGUCCAAUAUGUGUUUGCUUCGGAGAAAAUCACAACGUUGUGCAAAAUAUGCAUCUUUCAGAGCAUAUUGCUGCGGAGCAUAGCGCUAGUUUCGAGCAAUAUGAAAAAAAUAUUCAGAUCGCCAAUAAACACAGUCAACCCGAAGGCGAUCUGCUGAAGUUUAUUGCUUCGACACUUCCUCCUACCUACUAUGGAGCCACGGCGGAAUCAACAAAUCAACCGGCAACAUCGUCAAACACCUCCAGCAGCCAAAAGUUGGAACCAGAAGAUGACCCAGACGAAGAAUGUCCCAUUUGUUGGGACCCAUUUUCGGAUUCUGAUAGCCGCCAAUUGAACUGUAAACACACAUUCCACAGUGAGUGCAUCCAACAAUGGGUGGACCAAAACAACAGUUGCCCAAUGUGUAGAAAAUGUGCUCAAUGACAACGAACGAUCUCCAUCACAUCUGAGCGGUGAAACUCUCGUGAUAAAGAGUACUUAGA